AUGAAACUUUACCUCCUCAUCGCACUACUCCCCUUGAUAUUUGCGCGGCCGGAGGUCACUCCGCCAAAGAAAACGUCCGGAACGCAAAGUGUUCGGGUGAAAGGCGCAUUUUUGUGCGGUAAGAAUCCGGCAAAAGACGUGCUGGUGAAGUUGAUGGAGGAAGAUUUUGGCAAAGACGAUGAUGACAAGCUCGAUCAAGCAAGGACGGACGCGAAUGGCCAAUUUGAACUCGAGGGAACAAACACGGAGUAUACUACUCUUGACACAGCCAUCAACAUCUAUCAUGAUUGCAAUGAUGGAAUCACGCCCUGCCAACGCCGCUGGAAGUUUGAGAUCCCCAGCAAGUAUUUGACGGCUGGGAGCAAUGCGACAAAGACGUUUGACAUCGGCACUUGGAACCUCGAGCUGGUCCUGCCAAAUGAGAAGCAUGAUUGUGAACAU